UCCGCGGCGACAGCGGACGACACGGCGGCGCCGGAGCCGAUGGCGGAAGAGGAGGCAGAAGAGGAGGAGCCGAUGGAUCAGUUCACUGUUGAGGCCAUUGUGGGGAAGCGGAAGCGCGCGAAUCGCGUCGAGUAUUGCGUGAAAUGGUUGGGAUUUGGCGACGAAGAGAACACUUGGGAACCGGUGGACAAUCUUCACUGCGAGGAAUUGAUCGCAGAGUUCGAGGCGAACAACAAGAAGACGACACCGAAGGCGACGACCAAAAGGGGACGAAAGCCGAGGGCGACGGCGACGGCAACGACGAUGACACCAAAGGCGGCCGCGAAGGCGAAGGGCGGCGACGGCUGGACUCGCGGUCUGAAGGCGAAGCGCGUGGUGGGCGUGAGUGAGCGCGACGGACAGAUCAUGUAUUGUGUGGAAUGGGUGGGCGCGGAGGCGGCGGAGGAGGUGCCGUCAGUGGUGGCGCGCGAAAAGUGCCCCCAACUGGUGAUCGCGUUCCUGCAGUCAAAACUCGUGAUUCAGCGCAAAGGCCCGAAACUUCCGCUCGAGAGUUACCGCCCGUUGGCCUCAAAGCAGUUCUCGAUCUUCAAAACCAAUCAAAACGCAUAAAAAUUCAUUCAUUUAUUCAUUUUUCGCUUUUAUUUAAAUACGAAUUAAAAUCAGUUUUUGUCCAAAAAAUGAGAAAAA